CUCCGUAGCGUCUAUUUGUUUCCAUCCACACGAAGGAGCGCUUUGGUCGCCACAUCGCCUUUGAUGAAAGAAUUUAUAAGCUUGGGUUCAUCGACCAGUAGCAAGGCUUCUGAUCCAUGUCGUCGAUUUCAAAGUCGUUUGAAGCCAUGACCACCUCGCAAAACCUGGUAAAUCACGCUCUCGGAAUUCCAAAACCAUCUGUCUUUCAGCAUCUUAUGAUCGGCACUUGAGGAGCAAAACCCGCAUGCGCAGCGGCCAUGUCUUGCAGUUUGUGAAGAUCUCUACAAGUUAUUUCCGCCUCCAUUCCGCUCGAGCAGCUUUACAGGGCGAGCAAGCUAAGAAGUCACUGUUAAGAGCACUGAUCUUUCUGCAAGAACACUUCAAGUAGCCUUUCCUUCCUCUUUUCGCUUGUCACCUGCUGCAGUAAAGCGCCCAUCAACGAAUCCAGCAGCUCCGGAAUGGCGAGCACCAACUUUUAUUUCGUGCUGUAGAGCAAAGUCAGAUUGCCUGGUCAAUUCCGGGCUACUUUCUUGUACUUUCGUGCCUCUCACGAGGAGCAUUCCUUUCUGUGGUGUUCUAAUUGGGUACUUCUUCAAGCAUAAUUCCCAAAUCACUACUUCGGUACUCCCCAGCGGCCUAUAUCUUACCUGGCUUCCAAUCCAAGGUCAAAGCGCUGCGAAUGGCGGGUGCUAGCAAGAAGCCUCAUGUUCUAGCGUUCCCAUUCCCAAUCCCGGGCCACACGAAUUCGCUCAUGCACUUCUGCCGUCGCCUCGCGGCCUGCGAUGUCACCAUCACCUACGCCUCCAAUCCGAGCAACAUGAAGCUCAUGCACCAGACGCGCGAUCUGAUUGCAGACCCCCACGCCAAGAGCAACGUCCGCAUCGUCGAGGUCUCGGACGAUCCAGGUAACAGCAGCAACGAUCUCGCCAAGGGGGAUCCCAGCGCGCUCGUGGAGAAGAUCCGCCUGGCAGUGCGGGCCAUGGCAGCCUCUGUGCGAGAGCUUAUCCGGAAGUUCCAGGAGGAAGGGAAUCCCGUUUGUUGCAUGAUCACAGACACCUUCAACGGAUUCACCCAGGAUCUGGCGGACGAAUUUGGCAUCCCCAGGGCGGUGUUCUGGACCUCCAAUGCGAUCAGCGACAUCUAUCACCUCUUCCUGCCGGAGCUCAUGUCCAAAGGAUUCGUGCCAGUCACGACCAGGAAAACGGACGAGCUCAUCGCAUUCCUCCCCGGAUGCCCGCCGAUGCCCGCCACGGAUCUGCCGCUCGCCUUCUACUACGACCACCCAAUCCUGGGCGUGAUCUGCGACGGCGCGUCGCGGUUCGCGGAGGCGAGAUUCGCGCUGUGCAACAGCUACGAGGAGCUGGAGCCCCACGCAGUGGCGACGCUGCGCAGCGAGGUCAAAUCCAGCUACUUCCCCAUCGGCCCGUGCCUGUCCCCCGCAUUCUUCGCGGGGGAAUCCACCGCGGUGGAGCGAUCCAGCGAGCACCUGUCUCCCGAGGAUCUGGCGUGCCUGGAGUGGCUUGACACACAGAAGGAAUCCUCCGUGAUCUACGUCUCCUUCGGCAGCGUGGCCACCAUGUCCGUGGAGCAAUUCCAGGAGCUCGCCAGGGGCCUGGAGCGCAGCAACCAGCCCUUCGUGCUGGUGCUGCGCAAGACCCUGGUCGCGGAUCCCUCGGUGCACGAUUUCUUCGAGGGAUUGAAGCAGCGGAUCGGCGAGCGCGGGAUCGUGAUCUCGUGGGCGCCGCAAAUGCACGUCUUGCUCCACCCGGCGGUGGGAGGAUUCCUGACGCACUGCGGAUGGAACUCGACGGUGGAGGGGAUCUGCGCGGGCGUGCCGAUGCUCGCCUGGCCUUGCAUGGCGGAGCAAAACAUCAACUGCAAGGAGCUUGUGGAGCACUGGAAGCUGGCGAUCCCGGUCCAGGAUGAUCGGGAUAAAAGCUCCGUGAUCUCGGUCUCCAGCGAGAGGCUAGCGGAUCUAGUGGCGAGGCUGAUGAGAGGCGACGAGGGUCACGAGAUGCGAGCCCGGGCUCGGGAAUUCCGCAAGGUUACUGCGGCUGCCAUAGCCGAGGGAGGAUCCUCGGACAGGAACCUCAAGGCCUUCGCCCAAGCUCUGAGAGAUCUACAACCUCAAGCAGCUCCUCGAGGUCUACUACAUCCCAGCAUCGAUCCCAAGACUGCCUUCCGGGAAAACAUUCGAAGCAACACCACCAUGGCCUACACUUACACCCCGCAAGGCCAUCCAACGCAGCAGUAUCAAGGACAGCAGCAAGGAUUCACCAGCGAAGGCCAUCCUAUUGCCCCUCCUGCUGCUUAUCCCCAGCCUCCGCCUGGUAGUUACUAUGGACCCGGAGUGGCAACCUUGGCACCCCCGAAUUCUGGCCUCUGGACAACGGGCCUCUGUGGAUGCACCGAGGACUGCCCCUCUUGCUGGUGUGCGUGGUGCUGCCCCUGCGUUCUUGUUGGGCGCAUGGCCAACAUUCUGGAUCAAGGCAUGACCUUGGUUCACCGGCUGUGGCUGCCUCUACAGCUGCCUGUACCGUGCAAAGCUGCGCCACAAGUACGGACUCCCCGAGGAGCCCUGCAACGACAUCUGCACCGAGUGCUGGUGCAACUGCUGCUCCAUUGCCCAGGCUUACAGGGAGCUCAGGAACCGCAACAUCAACCCGGCUCUGGGUAUGAUUUCUGGGGCCUUGGUGAUCUUUGUUUCCUGAUUUCUGAUUUUUCAGGGUACGAGUUUGCGAGGGCGGUGUACGAGCAACCACCUCAAGUGCAGGAGAUGCGCAAAAUUAAAAAGAACAUAUACUGGAAUAUAUUCUGGAAGAGCUAUCCUCUUAUGGCGGACGAGCAGCGCCUUCACGUAGCGGUGCUCCCAACCGCCGGCUCCGGCCACAUCAAUCCCAUGCUCGAGCUCUGCCGCCGCCUCGUCCCGCUAGGAUUCCAGGUAACCUUCGUCUAUCCCAGCAAUCUAUGCCCCAAGCUGGAGUCGAGCCUUCGGCACGAUGAUCUUCACUUCCAAGUGGUGCCAAGCCCAGCCUCGGACAAGCUUUUGCUCAUGGAUCCCGCGUUGCAAGAGGACGUGACACCGGUUCUAGAGGCCCUCCGUCCACCAGUAAAGUGCCUUAUCGCUGAUAUGUUCUUAGGCUGGUCACAGGACGUGGCCGAGAGCCUGGGGAUUCCACGAGUUGCCUUCAUUCCCAGUGACUCAGUCAGCGAAGCGAUGUGCUACCAUAUUCCAGAGCUUGUCUCCAUGGGUUUCAUUCCUGGCCAUGUUCCUGCCAAUGCCGAUCCAAAUCCGGAAGCUUUGAUCGACUUCAUCCCCGGUCUCGAGCCUUUUACACGAGAGUUGCUCCCUCUUGCCUUCCAGCACUGGGGACCCAUUGUGACCACUCUGGGAGUUGCAGCCAGACGAACAAAGGAUGCGGUUUGCAUUGUCGUCAACACGAUUGAGGAGUUGGAUCAGGAAGUCGUGAAUGGACGGAGGUUGCUGUUCUCCAGUUAUUUACCAGUCGGACCUCUGGUACCUGCGGAGCUUCUGCAAGAACAGCACCCGAUCACUCUCAGUUCUCCAAAUGACACUAGCAUGAUCUGGCUGGACAAACAAGCUUACGGCUCGGUUCUCUAUAUCGCUUUUGGCAGUGUUGUUACUCUGCCAGCCGACCAAGUGGAGAAGAUUGCAAGAGCUGUAAAAGCCACCCGUCAGCCAGUCUUGUGGGCGAUCAGGAGGAACUUUGCAAAAGACGUACCUGAGAACUUUUAUGAAAGCUUGCAAGAGAUAGUUGGGGAGCAAGCCUGCCUGGUGGUGGAAUGGGCUCCGCAAGUAAACGUCUUGCGCCACUCCGCGGUUGGAGCCUUCUUAAUGCACGGUGGAUGGAACUCAGCUCUAGAAGCCCUGUGCUGUGGAGUACCAAUGCUUUGCUGGCCCUGCGAUAACGAUCAGAACUUGAAUGCUCUCACGAUAGUGAAGAAGUGGAGAACUGGGAUAAUGGUGGCUCAUGGACCCAAAGACGAUGUGAGAAGCGAAGACUUGGGAAACGUUAUAGAUGCUGUGAUGAACGGCGAGGAAGGGAGGAGGAUGAGGAGCAGAGCUCAAGAACUUAAAAAGAUUGUGAGAGCAGGUACUUGCCUGGAGAGAAAUCUUCGACAGUUCAAGGAUGUGAUCAUAGCCGCGUCUCAAUAGGGGCCUGCAAUACCAUCUGGAUUCAUACUUGAUCAAAGAGACAAAGUUCACGAGAA